GAGUCGGAGCGGAGCUGCUCUCUGACAACAUCUCCAGGACACUUCGCUCCAUGUGACUAGGCCAUAUAUCUGGACAGAUUGAGACCAGCAUCCAGUGCGCUUGCUGUCCUCCCAAGAGCUUCUCUGCAGUCAGACUUCAGUUCUGUUGGACACGUCGUCAACAUGAUGAUCAGGAUUGUGCUUGGAGUCGUUGCAGCCAUUGGAUUCCUCACUCUCAGUGAAGCCCUGACGUGUAAUUCCUGUAAAGUGGGCAUUCUAGGCAAAUGUUUAUUCAGUUCUCAAGUGUCCUGCGCUGCCUCCGAGAACAACUGCUACACUGCCAAAGCAGAGUUCAAUGUGACUGGGUUUUUGAGCCUGUCCUCCAGUGGCUGCACCUCUGAUUGCAACAACACGGCCGGAAGUGUCCUGGGUGCGGGCUACACCGUGACCAAAAGCUGCUGCGCUGUGGAUCUGUGCAACGGAGCGAGUGCUGCGCAGCUGUCUGUGGCUGGAGCACUGCUGGCCUCCGUCUGGAGCAGCUCCUUCCUCUAGAUCUCACACCUCCGUGUCUGUGAUCAGUGUUAGGUUCACAGAAACUGAACCGGAAUCAGUGAAGAUAUCAGCUCUAGAAUGUAUAGAUGCCAUAACUUUAAUCGUUUACUCCACUGUGUUUAGCUGUCUAUAUAAAUAAACAUUUAAUUACAAUAUAAAACAUAUUUAAAAUUUCAAAACUUAUAUAUAUAUGUGUGUGUGUGUGUAUGUGUGUAUAUCUAACCUACAUUUGGAUGCACACUGUGGAAUAAGGUGAUGAUAUGUUUGAGGUGGAACUGAAUAUAUUUCACAGCAGUGACUCUGGGUUAGGUACUGUACUUGCUCUGCUUUUUUAUAUCUUUUAGUAAAUUAUGUCAGUUAGAAUUUUUGGAUGAACUCUACCCUGACUUUAUCGUAUAUUCUAGCACAUUGUAACAUUAGUCUAGAUUAAUAAAUAUGAACUGAAAAAAAA